GCCGAGCGGCGGAGGUUCCCGUCUGGCCCGGACCUCGUGGUCGGGCGAGAGCUGUCCCUCGUGGUACAAUGGUGGUCAUGGGCCCGAAGCGGCGCGCGUCUGCUGCCCCUGCGGCGGCAGAGGAGGAGCAGCAAGCACGAGAACAGAUGCUGGAGGCGCGGCGCACGGAAGGCUCGGGUGGCUUGGAGAGCGAGGGUGUGACCCUGCAGCGCAACAUUACGCUGCUCAAUGGCGUGGCCAUCAUCGUAGGCACCAUCAUCGGCUCCGGUAUCUUCGUGACGCCUACCGGUGUUCUCAAGGAGGCGGGCUCACCCGGGCUGUCGCUGGUGGUGUGGGCCGUGUGUGGUGUCUUCUCCAUCGUGGGCGCUCUCUGCUACGCCGAACUGGGCACCACCAUCUCCAAAUCCGGCGGUGACUAUGCCUACAUGCUGGAGGUCUACGGCUCGCUGCCCGCCUUCCUCAAGCUCUGGAUAGAGCUGCUUAUCAUCCGACCCUCCUCGCAGUACAUCGUGGCGCUCGUCUUCGCCACCUACCUGCUCAAGCCGCUCUUCCCUGCCUGCCCGGUGCCCGAGGAGGCCGCUAAGCUCGUGGCCUGCCUCUGCGUGCUGCUGCUCACGGCCGUGAACUGUUACAGCGUGAAGGCUGCCACCCGGGUCCAGGAUGCCUUUGCUGCAGCCAAACUCCUGGCACUGGCCUUGAUCAUUCUGCUGGGCUUCAUCCAGAUCGGGAAGGGUAGUGUGUCCAAUCUGGAUCCAAAAUUCUCAUUUGAAGGCACCAAACUGGAUGUGGGAAAUAUUGUAUUGGCGUUGUAUAGCGGCCUUUUUGCCUAUGGGGGAUGGAACUACUUGAAUUUUGUCACAGAGGAGAUGAUCAACCCCUACAGAAACCUGCCCCUGGCCAUCAUCAUCUCCCUUCCCAUCGUCACCCUGGUGUAUGUGCUGACAAACCUGGCCUACUUCACUACCCUGUCCACCGAGGAGAUGCUGACGUCAGAGGCUGUGGCCGUGGAGUUCGGGAACUAUCACCUGGGCGUCAUGUCCUGGAUCAUCCCUGUCUUUGUGGGCCUGUCCUGCUUUGGCUCCGUCAACGGGUCCCUCUUCACAUCCUCCAGGCUGUUCUUUGUGGGGUCCAGGGAGGGCCACCUGCCCUCGAUACUCUCCAUGAUCCACCCGCAGCUCCUCACACCCAUGCCUUCUCUCCUGUUCACGUGCAUCAUGACUCUGCUGUACGCCUUCUCCACCGACAUCUUCUCCGUCAUCAACUUCUUCAGCUUCUUCAACUGGCUCUGUGUGGCCCUGGCCAUCAUCGGGAUGCUGUGGCUCCGCUACAAGAGGCCUGAGCUGGAGCGGCCCAUCAAGGUGAACCUGGCGCUCCCCGUGUUCUUCAUCCUGGCCUGCCUGUUCCUGAUUGCCAUCUCUUUCUGGAAGACCCCCGUGGAGUGUGGUAUUGGCUUUGCCAUAAUCCUCAGCGGCCUGCCCGUCUACUUUCUUGGGGUCUCCUGGAAAAACAAGCCCCAGUGGCUCCUCCAGGGCAUCAUUUCCAUGACAGUCCUUUGCCAGAAGCUCAUGCAAGUGGUCCCUCAGGAGACGUAAGGGAGAAGAGCCGGGAUUUGCUGUGCAGGGCCAGUUUCGGGCAAACGGAAAACGCACAAAGAUCAUUUUAAAACAACUCACCAACCUAAAAAUCGACUCAGCCCAUCAUCCAGGCAGCUCAGCUGAGCACCCCGCAUCAUCCCUCUACCAGGUCAGGUGCUGGGGACACUGUGAAAACUGGUACAAAUUUAGUCCCAGAAGACGAACUUUUAUCAAUAAGUCUAAAAGAGCGCAAGGCACGAAUGUGGAACUAAGAAGAGACUGGGCCUUCUGACCGACUGUGGACUUUUUGCCAAGGACCCAAGAGGGUCCUUGUCCUUUUCCACCUUUGUUUAUUUGAAUUAUUUUUUUAACUUAAUUUUUGGGUCAA